CAACAGCGAAAAACUCAAAAUGAAUAAACACUUCCCAAUAUUUACAUUAAUUUCGUGCAUUUUCUUCAUAAUAACGGUGAACGGUCGCCGGGAGUGCAUCGCCCGGAAAGUGCAAAAUGCGGACACAGUGUGCGUCUGUAACGCCACAUAUUGUGACGACUUGCCGGCCCUCCAGAGACCACAACCGGGUUUUGCCACUGUUUUUGAGAGCAAUAAACAGGGGCUGAGGUUCAGGCAAACGGCCCUCAAGUUUGACUCAAUGGCCAGUCAGUCAACGGCCGACCAAAGCGUCACAAUAACCGUAAACAGGACUCAGAGAUAUCAGUCUGUAUUGGGUUUUGGGGCCGCCUUUACGGACAGCACCGGACAAAUGCUUAAGUCUGUCAAUCAAUCGUUGGCUGAUCUCCUAAUUGAGAGCUAUUUCUCGGCCAACGGUAUUGAGUACUCGAUGGGACGCAUACCGAUCGGCGUGCAUUGA